AUCUUUACAUAACUAAAAAGAAACCGAAAGCAUGAUGGGUGUUUCUUAACACCAUGUAUUUGUUGAAUGGUUUUAUUGAGCAUUGACUUCAAGCAUAACCAGACAUCUAAAACUUCACAGCUUUACUGAACACUUGUUUCUUCAGAUUUACUUCAGUUAAAAACAAUUCAUUGCUUCCCAGUGACAGCUUUAUUUUUAUUCACCAUGGCUUGGAUGUUUCACAAAUCUCCAACUUUUGAUAAACCAUGGAGAGACGUACCAUGGGGGAAUAAAAAGGAAGACUUUGAUUAUGUGAGUAAGUUUAAGCCUUGUUCAGAAGCUCAACAUCUCAGAGUUCUGCUGCAUGGACCAGCAGGCUCUGGAAAGUCCAGCUUCAUCAACUCUGUUGACAGCGCUCUGCGAGGAAGAAUUGGAACUCGAGCUUUGGCAGCGACUAACCAUGAUGACAGCUUCUCUAAGGAAUACAAAGGUUUUAGAAUCCAGACAGAAAAGCCUGGAACCUAUUAUCCCCUUGUCUUCUGUGACACCAUGGGUAUUGAGAAGGGCUCUGGGAGAGGUGUUGAUGUGGAAAAUAUCAAACUGAUCAUGAAAGGACACGUCAAAGAUGGAUGCAAGCUCCUUCCUGGCAGUACCCCAACUGGAUCCGACUACAUUGAAUCUCCAACCAUCAAUGACAAAGUUCAAUGUUCUGGUUUGUGUUGUUCCUGCCACCACAUUGAACCUGAUGGAUGAAGAGCCUGUUAUAAAGAUAAAGAAGGUCAGAGAAGAAGCCCGGGUUUUAGGAAUCCCCCAAAUAGCAGUCCUCACCAAAAUUGAUGAAGCCUGUCCCGAGGUCCAAAAAUAUAUCAGGAAUGUCUAUAAGAGCAAGUACCUGAGAGAACAGAUGGAAAAACUCAGUGUGAUCCUGGGGAUUCCAAGAAACUGCAUUUUCCUGGCUAAGAACUACAGCGAAGAAACCAAAACAGACGAGGACACGGACACACUGAUACUGGACACCAUGAGAAAGAUCAUCGACUACGGAGAAGACUUCCUCAAUGACACCUUACAGACAGCAGACACCAAGUAACCUGUUGGUGAUUUGACAUUCAGGCCAAAACACGAAGAUGCAUGUGCUGUCUCUAUAUAGCUUUCAUUAGUUUAUGCUCUUUUUUUUUCCAUUAUGUUUUUGUUCAUGAAUUUGUAUUACAUUUGCAAAACGUGGAUCAGGACAAGAAUAGUUCACAGCUGCAAUGUGAAACAAAACAAAAAGAUAUUUUGGGUUGGAAUUCUACAUUUUAUACUUUGCUUUUGAUUCAGACUUUUAAAAUGCUGCCAUUUUUUCCUUUGAUGAAUCACAUAUUGCGUUGAUUAAGAUGUAAUCGUUCAUGCUGUUGUAUUCACAACAUUGCCAUUAUCUUUAUUUACAAUACAUCUUCAUUGUCUAUAUUAAAUCAUACUGUUUCCUCUGUUAUAGAAAAAUGUUUGAAUAUUAUCCUGUAAUAAAUCAUUCUU